UGUCAUCACGCUCCAGAUUGCUAAACGCCACAGCCCAGCCCGUAUCUUUAUUGUUCUGGCAGAGCGUGGAGCUGGUCUUCCUGCCUUGGUUGUGUAUACUUGGAGUAGACGCCUGUUGCGCAUAUGUUCUCCAAAUGGCGCUCCCCGCCCGCUGCUGGAGACAGCACCGAACCUUUGCCUGGUCCUCGAGAGAAGCAAUCGCCAGGGCGAGCAAAAUCACGUCUGGGCAUCUUGAAUGAUCUCCAGACUGAUGAAGUACCUGGCUCCGUGAUUCUUCUUUCAGACGUGCACAAACGCAAUGAGCCGCUAGGUCUCCAGCACCAGCACGCCCGCACCUCUGCCUCCUCCCUACCUUCGCCCUAUCCGCCCUCCAUAAACGGCCGCUCCUCCACCACUAGAAGUAUACGCAAAGAGGAGAAAAAGAAAUCAAAAGAUGGGAAAUUUGUCCUGCAACCACAGCCAGAAGAUACAAAGAAUGACCCCUUGAAUUGGGCAAUAUGGAGGAGAGAUGCUGCAUUAUACUCUCUUGGCUUUUACUGUAUGGUAGGAGGGGGAAUGACGCCUAUACUUGCUGCCGGAUUCAACAAUGUUGCUCAGACUUAUGACGUCUCAAUCUCGCGGGUAUCUUUGACAACGGGGUUGUAUAUGAUGGGAUUGGGCCUUGGAGGUGUGAUCGCAUCUCCGACUGCUAUCCUCUAUGGAAAGAGGCCAGUUUAUCUUGUUUCGAUCAUCAUCUUCUGUUUAGCUUCUGUUUGGUGUGCCCUCUCGCCUAGUUAUCCGUCUCUAGUCGUCGCUCGAAUCGUGCAAGGCAUGGCGGUUUCUCCCGUCGAAGUCUUACCGUCCGCUACGGUUGCGGAGAUCUUCUUCCUCCACGAGCGAGCGUAUCGCUUGGGGAUUUACACCUUACUUUUACUGGCGGGCAAGAAUCUGGUACCGCUAGUGAGUGCUGCCAUCAUCCAGAGCAUGGGUUGGAGAUGGACGUUCUGGGUUGUCGCCAUCAUCGUUGGAGGAUGCUUCUUUUUGCUCUUUUUAUUCGUGCCCGAAACAUUUUGGGACAGAACACCACACGCAAGGCAGACACAUCGGCACAGGAGCAGAAGCCCUGGAAAACACGGCCCGUUCAACCUGCCCUCUCUUGGAAGAUUCCAUCAUCACCAAGACCCUGAAAAACAUCUGCCUCAAGGAGAGACCCUGCCUACAUUAGACCCUACCAAAGCGACGUUAGCUCAAAGACGCCUUCAAAAGAACGUUCACGUUGGUUUCGCGCCGGAGGACGGAGUUUCAGAGCCUUCAGAGAGCCACGUGCCUACGAAUAGCGCAGACGCCGUUUCAAUAAACCAAUUAGCGACGCCCCACACUGCCGGUCAAGAUGGGACAAUCGCCACCCAUGUCUCUGAGAAAACAGAUGACCCAGGUUAUUUUUCACCAAACCCAAAUACCAUCCCUGGAGACGUUGAGGCUGCGGUGCCAAUAGAGCACCCAGUUCCUGCUACUCCAGACGCAGUACAUUUCGAUGGCCCUUUCAGACCAGCCGUUGGAUCUCCCGAUCUCUUUCGGCCUGGUUCGGCACCAAGUAUACAAUCUGACGGCCAGCAAUCUUUUAUCUACACUGAGCAUUAUCGCGCUGCCCCUCCAAAGUCAUUCAUAAAGGCGCUUUCCCCGUGGAACGGCAGAUUGGUCAAAGACAGCUGGCAUCGUGUCUUGAUCCGCCCUUUCAUCCUUUUCGCAUAUCCAUCUGUGCUCUGGAGCACCCUCGUCUACUCCCUCUCCAUCGGUUGGCUUAUCGUCCUCUCAGAGUCCGUUGCAGCUAUCUACCGAGAUCGUGAGCUCUACAAUUUCACCGCUCUCCAAACCGGCCUCGUCUAUCUUUCUCCAUUCAUUGGCGGUGUAAUCGGCACGGCAGUUGCAGGCAAGAUAUCCGAUUACAUUGUCCGCUACAUGGCUAGUAAGAACGACGGCGUGUAUGAGCCGGAGUUCCGACUCGUAAUGGCGAUUCCUAUUGCCAUCUCCACCGUCAUCGGGCUCAUGGGGUUCGGAUGGAGCGCACAGGAGCGAGAUGCUUGGAUUGUGCCCACGGUUUUCUUUGGAAUAAUCAGUUUUGGAUGCAGUCUGGGUAGUACCACUGCUAUUACGUUUUGCGUAGAUUCCUACCGUCAGUACGCCGGAGAAGCUCUCGUUACGUUGAACUUCUCUAAGAAUAUAUUUCACGGCCUCGUUUUCUCGCUCUUCUUCACCCAUUGGCUUGAAUCGAGCGGCGCGAAGACAGUAUUCCUGGCUGUUGGCGGGUUGCAGCUGGCUUGUCUGACAACAACAAUUCCCAUGUAUAUUUACGGCAAGAGAGCGCGCAUGUGGACAGUGCGAAAGAACUUAAUGGAGAAAUUCUAAAUUUAGGCGUCUUGCAGGCGGCGGCGUUGCAUCAUGCGGGACUGCAUUGCGGACCGCACAGCAUUUAAGGCGUGCGUGCAUUCUCAUUUGCAUCUUCGAUGCAGGAGGCCGGCGUUCAAGUGGGCCAUACACCGCAUAUACCUUGUCUCUAUAUGAUGAUAAUACGAGUCUUACGAUAUUGAGACAUGCAUUUUCUCAUCGCGCUAAAACACUAAAAUGCAU